AUGACCCUGGGCAGCUGCUGCUGCGAGAUCAUGUCCUCCGAGAGCUCCCCGGCCGCGUUGUCCGAGGCCGACGCAGACAUAGACGUGGUGGGCGGCGGCAGCGGUGGGGGGGAGCUCCCAGCCCGCUCCGGGCCCCGAGCCCCCCGGGACGUGCUCCCCCACGGCCACGAGACUCCCCCGGAGGAAGCCGAGGCAGACAUAGCAGAGGACGAGGAGGAGUCGGGUGGCUGCUCGGAGGGCGAGCCUCGCGCUCUAGCGCCCCGGGGGGCGGCGGCCGCAGCGGGAAGCCCAGGGCCAGGCGCGGCCGCAGCCCGAGGCGCGGCGGGGCCAGGGCCGGGACCGCCGUCGGGGGGCGCGGCGACGCGGAGCCCGCUAGUGAAGCCGCCCUACUCAUACAUCGCGCUCAUCACCAUGGCCAUCCAGAACACCCCCAAGAAGAACAUCACGCUAAACGACAUCUACCAGUUCAUCAGCGACCGCUUCCCGUACUACCGGGAGAAGUUCCCGGCCUGGCAGAACAGCAUCCGCCACAACCUCUCGCUCAACGACUGCUUUGUCAAGAUCCCCCGAGAGCCGGGCAACCCGGGCAAGGGCAACUACUGGACGCUCGACCCGGAGUCGGCCGACAUGUUCGACAACGGCAGCUUCCUGCGGCGCCGCAAGAGGUUCAAACGGCAGCCGCUACCACCGCCGCAUCCACACCCGCAUCCGCACCCGGAGCUGUUGUUGCGUGGCGGGGCCGCGGCAGCGGGGGACCCUGGCGCCUUCCUGCCGGGUUUCACUGCUUAUGGCGCCUAUGGCUAUGGCUACGGGCUGGCUCUCCCGGCCUACGGCGCACCCCCGCCGGGGCCGGCCCCGCAUCCGCAUCCACACCCGCACGCCUUCGCUUUUGCCGCUGCAGCCGCCGCUGCUCCUUGCCAGCUGUCGGUUCCCCCAGGCCGCGCUGCUGCUCCUCCACCCGGACCUCCGACGGCCUCGGUGUUCGCGGGCGCAGCAUCGGCCCCAGCCCCUGCGCCUGCCCCAGGGUCAGGCCCAGGCCCCGCAGGCCUGCCCGCCUUCCUGGGUGCAGAGCUGGGCUGCUCCAAAACCUUCUACCCUGCGUCCCUGAGCCCUCCUGCGGCGGGCACUGCGGCCAGUCUAUCCACCGCACUUCUGCGCCAGGGACUCAAGACGGACGCGGGCUGUGCUGCAGGCAGCGGGGGCUCCGGGGCAGGACAUAGGCCUUCCUUCUCUAUAGACCACAUAAUGGGCCACGGUGGUGGUGGCGGUGGCAGCGGGACAGCACCUCCGGGCAGUGGUGAGGGCUCCCCAGGACCGCCAUUCGCGGCAGCCGCCGGUCCUGGGGGUCAAGCCCAGGUCUUGGCCAUGCUGACUGCCCCGGCCCUAGCUCCUGUAGCCGGCCACAUUCGCCUGUCGCAUCCUGGGGACGCACUUCUGUCCUCAGGGUCCCCGUUUGCCAGCAAAGUCGCCGGCCUCAGUGGCUGCCACUUCUGA